CACUCUCUCUCUCUCUCUCUCUAACCGGUUACCAUUAUUAAAUGGUGUCCCCUUCUCCACUUCCUCUCAUGCUAUCUACUGAACACAAACAACUUUCGUUUGUUGUUAUUGUUAUUGUUGUUUCUCUUUCCUUGUUCCUUAAACACUUUGUUUCAAAAGUCCUUAAAAAGAGUUAAAAAGAAGAAAAAAAUGGUGGCUGUAGUUUCCCAAGAAAAUGUUGUGGCAUUGGUUUCUCGUACUGGCAGGGAGUUGCAACGUUAUAGAAAAGGUCGUCGCCAAGUUGUGGGAUGUAUACCAUACAGAUUCAAGAUUGGGGAGAAAACAUCGUUGGACGUUUAUGAUGAAUUAGAAGUUCUGGUUAUUAGUUCUCAGAAAGGAAAAGGGAUGCUAUUCCCAAAGGGAGGUUGGGAACUAGAUGAAUCAAAAAAGGAGGCAGCUUUGAGAGAAACCAUAGAGGAAGCUGGGGUUCGAGGCAUUGUUGGGGGUAAAUUGGGUAAAUGGAGUUUCAAGAGUAAGACUCAUGACACAUUCUAUGAAGGGUACAUGUUCCCUUUACUUGUUCAAGAGCAAUUGGAGUUCUGGCCAGAGCAAAACGUUCGUCAAAGAAUAUGGAUGAGCGUCACAGAAGCAAGGGAUGUUUGUCAACACUGGUGGAUGAAGGAGGCUCUAGACAGACUCGUAAACCGUCUAAUGAGUCAAAAACUUGGUCGUGAGAAGCAAGUUCUUGGUUCUAAAAAUGCCAAAUCUGACUUGUAAAUAGUGUAGCAUCCUCAACUUUUUUGAGACGUUUCUCCCUGGGCAUAAAGUUGAGAGGAGUAGGAUCCAAAAGAAUUGAGCCAAAUGAUAGUAUAUAAAUAAUAAUAAAUAGAUAGUUGAUCACAUAGAAGAUGGUGAUUUCCCCAAAUUUUUUUCCCGUGAGAAAAGGAAUUUACAUCUAUUAGUGGGAAUUAUCUGUAUUAUUGCGAGACUAGUGGAUGCAUUGGUUCACAAUGGAAUUGCCUUGUUUUUCAAGCAAUGGAGUUCUGCUGAUGUAAGUCUUGGGACUAUGCAGAGGGAUAAGGCUUUGUUAAGAAGAAAAAAAAUGAAGAGCUGCAACUUUUUUCCCUUAUUUAUUGCUUGGAUUGAUUAUAGUUUUGGGUUUUUGUUUCUUUUCCAUUUACUGGAAGGCUGGUUUUGUCUAGCAUGAACAAAGCUAAGACGUGAUCAUCGUUUA